GAUGAUGUUUGCAGGAUUGUUGUUCUCAGCACUGAGCUAAUGCAGCUAGAGGCAUCAAAGUCCACUCAUUGGUUGCAGACAAGACAAUAUAGGAAAGACUUACAGUCAUCAGAGGUAUAUACUUACAGUCAUAAGAGGCAAAGAAUUACAAUCAUAAGAGGCAAAGACAACCAUCAGAGGUGUAAACUUAAUAACAAUAAAUCCAGAAGCAGAUUUGACAGUAUCCUGUAUACAAAAAGAGGGAACAUGAAUAAGACAACAUUCCAUUGAAGGAGACAAUAUAUUGGUAUAAAUAAGAUAUUACCCAGAUAAGACAAUACUGUAAAUACUACAUACUUUACAAGCAGAGCAAUAUUACAUAAGCCACAGAACAGUACAGGGUGUCAAAAAAGCUCAGCAACAAGUAGGGCAAUAAAUGAACAAGGCAAUAUAGCAGAAACACAGCCACGAUGAGUGAUGAGGUUCUUGUGAUUCAAACUGGAGGCACAAUAGACAAGGAUUACCCAAGAGCCACAGGUGGGUAUGCAUUUGAGAUCUGUGACUCUGCUGCAAAGAAGAUCCUUACGCGCCUUCCACUGUCUGGGAAUUUCCAGUUCAAGACAAUCUGCAAGAAAGACAGCCAGGAAAUGACGUUGGAUGAUCGCAAACAGCUUGUGAAGGUCAUCGAAGCAUCACCCAUUCAGAAAAUUUUGGUGACUCAUGGCACUGAUACAUUGAUUGAUUCUGCCUCCUUCGUUGCAGAUAAUAACAAAGGAAAACUUAUUGUGUUUACUGGAGCCAAAAAGCCUGAGAUUUUCAAAGAUUCUGAUGCAGAGUUUAAUAUAGGUGUCGCUGUUGGUGCACUGAGAUGCAUUGAGGGCACUGGGGUAUAUGUUGCAAUGAAUGGUAGGGUCUCUCCUUGGGAUAAAGUUAUUCGUGAUAUAGAAACUGGAUAUUUCAUUGCAAUGACAUAAUCUGUUUGACAUUCAAAUUGAUUUUGAUUUUAGCCUCGUAAUUUCACCUUAUAAAAGCACGACUAAUUAAUUUAAGCCUUAAAUUGUUAAGGCUUCCUCUUUGGAAUUGUUCUG